AGAAAUCGGAAAGGUCAUGAAGGAGACAGUUGUAAUGAGAUGGCCAAAUGUUUAUUUCUUUGAAGACGUAUUAUUAGUUUCUACGUUUCCUGCAGAAUAUUCUGAAAGUGCAAGAUCGAUUAUGAGGGAAUGUAUAUUUAAUGCAGGGUUGAUUAAAGAUAAAAAUUCAACAGCAUUACAAUUCAUUACAGAACCUGAAGCCGCUGCAAUAUAUUGCAUGGAACAGCUUCAAAUUUAUGAUCUUGAAGCAGGAACAAAUUUUAUGGUUGUUGACUGUGGUGGUGACAGGGUAGUUCUGACUACUCGUAAAUUGGUUAAUAGAAAUCAAUUAGGUGAAAUCGCUGAAAUAUCUGAGGAUUUCUGUGGAAGUACUUAUAUCGAUAAGGAAUUUAUCAAAUAUUUAAGUAGUAAAGUUGGGUAUGGUGCUAUGGAGUUGCUCCGAACAAACCAUUGCGGACAAAUGCAAUACUUAAUUCAGAGAUUUACUAGAGAAUAUAAAAUGCUUUUUACGGGAGAAUCCAAAGAAUUUAAACCUUAUUAUUUUGAUCUCAAUUAUACUAUUCCCAUGAUAAAGCAAUAUGUUACUGAUAAGAAUAGAGAAAUUUUGGAAGAGAUAGAAUGGGAUAUUGAACUUGGUUUUUAUGACAUAAAAUCAAUGUUUGACCCUGUUGUUGAAAAGAUUUUACGAUUGAUUCAUGCGCAACUCGAUAGUUCUCUUGAAACAUGUUCAGCUAUGUUUUUAGUUGGAGGAUUUAGUGAAUCAAAAUAUUUACAAAACAGAAUUAAACGAGAAUUUCAACACAUUGUACGUAUCAUUUUAAUUCCUAGUGAUCCUACAAUUGCAAUUGAACGUGGAGCUGUGAUGUAUGGAUUAUCUUCUAUGAAUUCAGAUAUUACUACGAGAGGUCUUAAAUAUUGA